AUGAUUUAUGAAGGAAUUACAUCCAUCUUACAUAGUGAAUUUUACAUAAAAAGCGGAAAUGGACCAUCUAUAUAAAGGAACAUAUUUGAAAAUGUUGAUUAUGAUGAUUAUGAGAAAUAAUUAAUUGAAGAGAUUAAAACGAAAAUGAAGGAAAAUGGUUUACAGAUUAAAUUAAAAAGAAGUAUACUAUUGAAAAUGUUAAUGGCAGCCUAAUAUAAUAUUGAAAAAGCAAUUAUUGUAUUGCUUUAGAAUUGCUAAUCUCAUUUAAAUUUUCUAUAGGAAUACUCCAAACAAGACAAUGUUAAUUAAUUAAGAAAAGGACAUCUAUAUGUUUGCGGUUUUGACAAUUAAUAUCGCCCUGUUAUUGUAAUCAGAUAAUAUUGCGAUAUAAAAAUAAUUGCUUACUUUUUGGAAACAGUUAAAAGAUAGUUGUUAAUUGAUUAUUAUGUUGAAAAUUGGACAGUCAUCUUGGAUUUAGAUAUUGAUUUGCCUGUACUGGAAUUAGAUGAUUUAUUGUAUUUGUAAUUGCAUUUUUAUGGGAACUUAAAUAAAAUUUUAAUAGUUAAUGGACCAGACGAUAUAGAUGACAUAGUCAAACAAUUCACUGAAAAAAUCAAAGAUCUAUAGGUUAAAAUAAAAAUUAUUACAGAAUAUUAAUAAAUAUUACAGUAUAUUCCAAAAGAAUAGUUAGAAAUCAAAUAUGGGGGUGAUUUAAAUAAUAUAGAGUUAUUUUGGCCGAUCUUAAAAAGAGAGACGCAUACUGGAACAAGUAAAUUAUUGAAGAAGAACUCUCACUUAUCAAUAAAUUCAAUGGGUAGUUCAAUCAACAAAAAGCCAAGCUUUAUGAAAAUUACAGUGUUGGAAGAAAAUGGGAAUCCUUUGUUGAAUCAAUAAGUAGAAGUUUUCGAAGAUUAAAUAGAAUCUCAAUAAGGAGAACAACAAUAAUAUUAGAACAGUUUUUAAUAACAACAACAUCAAUAGGAGGAUUUUGAGGAGAAAUCAAAGUCUUACCAAAGCUCUACUACAAAGAAAUAAGAUCAAUAAUUUAUAUAAAUUGAUGAUGAUGAAGAUGAUUUGAUUGAGAUGGAAAGUGGAGAUAUGGAAAAGAGAAAAGGAAAAAAAUAAAUAACGAAAAAAUAUGGUGAAACCACAAAAACUACUACUUAUUCAUAAAAAUAGACAAUUUUAGAAGGAGAGAAGGAAAUACCUUCCUCACUUUCUUGUUGUUCUAGAUCUUGUUCAAUAUUUUGA